AUGCAUCCUUGCGCGGCUUUCCUCGAGACUGUGCCACCGAUCAUGAUCACCGCCGCGCCAGAUUCCCAUAUGAAUAUCGAAGAAAUCUCCCCAGACAAAAAGAAGAAGAAGAAGGGUCGUCGAGGACGAAAGUGUAAUGUUGUCGACAUUGUGGGGUCGAAUUCGAAAAAGACCUUGUUGUUGGAUGAGCUCGGCGAUGCAUUGGUCGAUCAGCUCUACAUCUGCCCCAAGCUUGAUGGCCGGCUAGAUACCUCGAACAUCUCGGUCGUCGAGCACCUGCGCUGCGACUUCACCACGUCCCUUACGGCAUCAUCAUGUGCCAGCUCAAGAAGCAGCACCAGUCGUACCCUUACCGGAAUUGAGAGUUCACCACCCACCAGCCUCGAUGACCGUGACACCAACGAUUCCACCACUCCAACUCUGAGAGUCGAUAGCUAUCCACACACCAGCAGCGAGUCUCUUCACAAACUCGCCAGCAAGCCCGAGCAAGGCGAUGUAUUCUGUCUCGGCGACUUCUCCACCAUGACGGCCAUCCAACGCCUCACAUCGCAAUACGGCCGAGUCGCACAUAUGGGCAUCCUCGACCCCAGCUACCGUUUCUAUGUCAACAAGGCACGAACAGCAGCAGUCUCCUUCAAAGUGCAGACUGGAAUAGCCAUCGUGGGCGGCGACCCUCUCUGCGAACCUCAUACGAUUGCCAGCCUCAUGGAAGAAUUCGCAGCAUACCGACGAAAGCAUCACUGGGGUAUAGCCUUCAUGGGAGCAAGCGAAUCCUUCGUCCAAGACUACGCCCAACCCCAUGGCUGGACAACCAUCCGGUUUGGUACCGAACGCGUCCUCAACCCCCAAACAAACGAUAUCCUCCUAGAGCGCAGCGGGAAACGCAUCGCCGUACAAAACCGCCAGCUGCUAAAUCCCCAAAAAGGCGCCGUCACGCUCGGAGUAUACGCACCCGCUGUCCACGGCACAAGUACCCAGUUGCAGACAGAGCUUAUCGCUAUCUAUGAUGCCUGGCGCGCAGAACGUAACGAUGCCGGGGGUCCACAGGCUUUCAUUACAGUCUACGACCCAUUCGCUCUCCCAGGCCUGAUGACCUUCGUAUACAGCCGCGGCCCGGACGGCCAGAUCAACGGCUUCGCGGCCCUGCGCCGUCUAGGCUGCGGUGGCUAUCACGUCGACCCCUGCAUCGCUGCCCCUGGAAGUCCAAAGGGAAUCAGUGAUUUGCUCAUCGUCGCUGCCAUGGCCCUUUUGCAUCGUGCUGGCGUCACAUAUCUAGGUUUCGGCUUCGAGCCUUGUCGUGCUCUCUCGUCUGAGGAUAUCGCCGGUAUGCCGAGGACUAUGGCCAGUCUCACACGAGAUCUGUACAGACAUACAUUCUCCCGUCUCCCUAUUCGCGGGAAGAAGGCAUACCAUGAUAAAUUCCGACCGGAAUCUCUGCAGGAUUCAGGGCUGUACCUCGUUUUUCCUGGUGGAAUACCAGGCCCUCGCCAUUUGCUGGCCAUGUUUCACAUGGCGAAUAUCAGUCUUCGCAAGAUUCUCCGCGCGGACAUGCGGACGUGGAUGACCAUACGCAAAACCAAGUCGAAGGGCGAUCUCAAGUCUGCGUAUGAUGCCACGGAGACACUUGAGAACGAUCCAGAGAAGAAUUAA